CGCGAACUGGCGAGGCAGGCGGAGAAAUUCGAUCGCGAGCGGGAGAGGGAUCGCGAGGAGGCGCGAAUCCGGAGUGAGGAGGUUAAUCGCAAUAUCGCGAUGAUGAUGGAGAAGCUCGAUCACCAUUCCCGCAGUCGAUCCAAAUCCUCCAAAACCAGUUCGCGGCAUCGCAGUCGAUCCAAAUCUUCCAAAGACAGCUCGCGGAAGAGUAGCUGCGACUCCAGUUCCACUGCAGGUAAUCUGCGAUCGACUCAUUCUAAGCGUGCUGAUAACCACAGUAGACUGAUUGAGAAAUCUGGGAGAAAAGUGGAUUUGCCACUCUUUAAUGGUUCAGAUGCUUAUGGAUGGACCAUUAAGGUUGAGCGUUUUUUUAAACUGAACCAUAUUGCUGAGGAAGAUAAGAUUGAGUUGGUUACCUUAGCCAUGGAAGGAAGAGCUUUGAAUUGGUAUCAAUGGUGGGAGGAACAUUCAAAUGUUAGAAAUUGGGAAUUAUUUAAACAGGCUUUAUUAGAAAGAUUUGAACCAGGUCUGGAACAGGAUCCUUAUGGUCCUUUGCUUAAUGUGAAGCAGACUGGGAGUGUGAUGGAUUAUCGGGAUGAAUUUGAGCUAGUGGCAGGUCCUUUGAAGAACACUGAUGUUCAAUUUCUCAAAGGAAUUUUUAUGAAGGGUCUGAAAGCAGAAGUUAGAGCUGAAUUGAAAUUGAAUCCAGUUACUGACUGAAAUCAUGAAUAAGGCCUUGAGGGUAGAAGAAAGAAACCAAACACUGAACCUCACAAAGGGUAAGGAGGAAGAAAGAAGAGGGCCUGUGGAAACCCUAGUAGUAUUGGGCUUAGCCCAUUUUGUAUAUCUUGUAUAGGAAACCCUAGGACUCUAAAUAUAGCUAUAAAUAUAGCUUCUUGUAUAGGAUUUCAUAUGAAGUAUAUUGAAUACAAUCUUAUAUUUUACAUGGUAUCAGAGCCAGUGUGGCAAUAUUAGUGUAGUGUUUAUGAUUUUUUUUUCUGCUGGUGUAAUUUCCGGUCAGAAUUCCGGCGUGAACAGUGUCGUCACUUUCAAUUGAGUGCUUUCGGUAGUGAUAUCAACCUACCGCCGUGCUCAAAGGUACAUCGUGACUUACCGCCGGAGGAAUCACCUGCGCCGCAUCAUCCACGCGCCACCGCGUGCCGCUGAAGCAUACUUCUGCAGUUUUUCAUUUUUGCAGAUCUCUCUCUUUCUGCUUAUCUGGCGUUGACACCUCCAACCAGCGGAAGAUCCUGAGUUUCCGGCGACCAGAACGACGUAAAACUCGCCGCCGUCGACCGCUUCACGCGCCGCCACCGUCAAACGCGCCGCCGCCGUCGACCGCGCCGCCGCCGUCGACCGCCGUCUCCCUGCAUCGUACGCUCGCCGCCGACCGCCGUCUCCCUGCGUCGUACGCUCGCCGCCGCCGCCCUGCAGUCUCCCUUCGCCGUCGUCCGCACCUCCCAAAGAUGAUAGAGGUCUGUUUUCCUUCAUCCUUGUGUAGCUACAGUGCUUCAACCUGAUGCCUUCAACCUUACGGCUGCUUCACUUCAAUUGCAGUUGCACUACUUUAAAUAUUUUAUUUUUUGCUGCUCUUUAAAAAAAAAAAAAAAAAAAAACAGAAAAAAAAAAAAAAAAAAAAAAAAAAAAAAAAACAGAAAAAAAAAAAGAAAAAAGAAAAAAAACAAGCUGUCUUUUAUGAAUUCUGACGGAGGAAACAACACCGGAUUCUCAAGACGGAACCGUCCUAAAUGUGAUUUUUGUCAUAAAAUUGGUCAUACUAAAGACAGGUGUUGGAAAUUACAUGGGAGACCUCCUACCCCAGUCACCGUUGCUCAGAUCCCACCAUCUCCCAUUGUUCUGUCUCCAGAAGAAUAUGCAGCAUAUCAGCAAUUUAAGUUGACUACUAUGCCAUUAUCUACAACGGGGAUGUCUACCGCUUGCGUUUCAAACACAGCAGGCUCAUGGAUAAUUGACUCAGGUGCCUCGGACCAUAUUUCUGGACCGUUGUACGGGGAAAACAAUUGGCGUCGGCCAUGAAUCUCAAGGUCUGUAUCACCUCCAUCCUCUUGAUCCAAUCGCUUGUGUUUCAGUUGAACCUGCUAUUACCUUACAUAAUCGUCUGGGUCAUCCUAGUCUCUCAAAGUUUCAACGUAUGGUUCCAGGUUUCUCCAAUCUUUCAUCUUUAGAAUGUGAGUCAUGUCACCUUGGAAAACAACCUCGUAAAUCCUUUCCAAGGCGAGUCAAUAACCGGGCUACAUCACCGUUUGAUUUAGUUCAUACAGAUGUAUGGGGUCCGUAUCGAGUCACUUCUACUUUAGGUUUCCGUUAUUUUGUUAUUUUUGUGGAUGAUUUUUCCCGUUACACAUGGUUGUUUUUAAUGAAAGAGCGUUUUGAAUUGUUUCAUAUUUUUCAAACUUUUUGUGCUGAAAUUCAAACUCAGUUUGGUCAUUCUAUCAAAAUUUUACGCAGUGACAAUGCUAAAGAAUUUUUUGGGGCAUCCUUUAAUCAAUUCAUGACAUCACGGGGUAUGCUUCACCAAUCUUCUUGUGUUCACACGCCUCAACAAAAUGGGGUUGCUGAACGCAAGAACCGGCACUUGGUUGAUACUGCUCGUACCCUAUUAUUACAUUCCCAUACACCACCUCAGUAUUGGGCAGAUGCUGUACUCACUGCGUGUCAUUUAAUAAAUAGAAUGCCUUCCUCAGUUCUUAAUAAUGAAAUUCCUUAUUCUAUUUUGUUUCCUGCUCGUGAUUUAUUUCCAUUACCACCUCAUGUGUUUGGGUGUGUGUGUUUUGUCCAUGAUACGACACCGGGAUUAGCUAAAAUGGCGGCUAGGUCAAUAAAAUGUAUCUUUCUUGGAUAUUCACGACUCCAAAAGGGGUAUCGUUGUUAUUCUCCAUUACUUAAGAAACAUUUUAUUUCAGCUGAUGUCACUUUCAUUGAGUCGUCCUUUUAUUAUCCAUUAUCUUCAGUUAAUACCCCAUCAUGUUUGGACUUCACCUCAUAUCUUCGGCCCAUCCAUCAGGAGCCUCCCAUUAACCCCCCAUCUGAUGAGCACCCAAACUGCCCUCCUAUGUCAGAUCGUCCAUUACAGGUAUACCAUCGACGUCCUCGACCUCCUCCCAUUGAGCCCAUCAUGGCCACGCCCGUUGAUUCCCCUAUGACGGAUCCUGCAUCACCACCAUCACCUACUCCAGCACUUGACACCACUCAGGAUAAUUUGCCAAUUGCUCUCCGAAAAGGUACGCGUUCCACAUUGAAUCCACAUCCCAUAUAUAACUUUUUGAGUUAUCACCGCCUCUCUACCCCUUACUAUGCCUUUAUUUCACACCUAUCUCAUAUAUGCAUUCCUAAAACCACACAUGAGGCACUGACACACCCAGAGUGGCGUAAAGCCAUGUUGGCUGAGAUGGAGGCUCUUCAUUCUAGUGGGACAUGGGACUUAGUCCCCCUUCCCACUGGCAAAUCAGUGGUGGGAUGUCGGUGGAUUUACACGGUUAAGGUUGGGCCUGAUGGGGAGAUUGAUCGUUUUAAAGCACGCCUUGUGGCGAAAGGGUAUACUCAGAUAUAUGGCUUGGAUUACACUGACACUUUUUCUCCUGUAGCGAAGAUUGCAUCAGUUCGUUUGGUUUUAUCCAUGGCAGCAAUGAGCCGCUGGCCAUUGUUCCAAUUGGAUAUUAAAAACGCAUUCCUUCACGGAGAUCUGCACGAGGAAGUUUAUAUGGAGCAACCACCUGGAUUUGUUGCUCAGGGGGAGUCUGGUAUGGUGUGCAGAUUACGUCGUUCAUUAUAUGGCUUGAAGCAAUCUCCACGUGCAUGGUUUGGGAGGUUCAGUGCCGUUGUUUGCAGCUUUGGCAUGAUUCGCAGUGAUGUUGAUCAUUCUAUAUUCUACAGACAUUCUGCUGGCAACAAAUGUAUUUAUCUUGUUGUGUAUGUUGAUGACAUUGUCAUUACAGGUAGCGAUGAUCAAGGAAUUGCUCUCCUCAAGCAACAUCUGUUUAGCAAAUUUCAAACAAAAGACUUGGGAAAGUUGAGAUACUUCCUUGGCAUUGAGGUUGCACAGUCUCAAGAUGGAAUUGCUCUCUCACAAAGAAAGUAUGCCUUGGAUAUUCUUGAGGAAACAGGUUUGCUAGAUUGCAGGCCAGUGGAUACACCAAUGGAUCCGAACGUUAAACUCGUAUCAGAACAGGGAGAUCUUUUGCCCAACAAGGAAAAAUAUAGAAGACUCAUCGGAAAAUUGAAUUAUCUUACCAUCACGAGACCAGAUAUUUCAUUUGCGGUAAGUGUUCUUAGCCAGUUUCUUGAUAAGCCAUGUACUGGACAUUGGGAUGCAGCUAUUCGAGUUUUGAGAUACAUCAAGAAAACUCCAGGACAAGGAUUGUUGUUUGAAGAUCGAGGCCACCGUGAUAUUGUGGGAUACUGUGAUGCAGACUGGGCCGGAUGUCUGAUGGAUAGACGUUCCACUUCGGGAUAUUGCAUCUUGAUUGGUGGAAACUUAAUUUCAUGGAAAAGUAAGAAACAAGAUGUGGUUGCCAGAUCUAGUGCUGAAGCAGAAUAUCGUGCAAUGGCCCUUGUUACCUGUGAAAUCUUAUGGUUGAAGCAUCUCCUCCAAGAGUUAAAAUAUGGAAACACAAAACCAGCUCAACUCAUGUGUGAUAAUCAAGCUGCAAUGCACAUCGCAUCAAAUCCGGUAUAUCAUGAGAGGACAAAACAUAUUGAAGUUGAUUGUCAUUUUAUCCGAGAGAAGAUCACCAGUGGACAUAUCAUCACAAAAUAUGUGAACACAACUGGACAACUUGCAGAUAUUUUAACUAAGUCUCUUAGAGGUCCUAGAGUGGAAUAUAUUUGUAACAAGCUUGGUACAUAUGAUUUAUAUGCUCCAGCUUGAGGGGGAGUGUGGAAACCCUAGUAGUAUUGGGCUUAGCCCAUUUUGUAUAUCUUGUAUAGGAAACCCUAGGACUCUAAAUAUAGCUAUAAAUAUAGCUUCUUGUAUAGGAUUUCAUAUGAAGUAUAUUGAAUACAAUCUUAUAUUUUACAGGGCCAAAGGGGAAUAUUUCUUCUCAGUCUCAAAGAUGGUUGCAAGAGAAUAAAUGGAAGGGAAAUUUGUCCAGCAAUCAGUCGGGUAUGGAUAAAUCCAGUGUUGAAAAGAACAAUGAGGCAGUCAUUAAGAAUACUGGAGUGAAGGGGACACACAGGCUAACCCAGUCGGAGUUGCAGGAAUUGAGCAGAAAGGGGCUUUGUUUCAAGUGUGGGGAACAAUGGGGAAAAGGCCACAUUUGCAGAAUGAAACAUUUCCAGAUUAUGAUGAUAGAUGACUCAGAAGAGGAGGAAGAACAGGGGGAUUACAGUCUAGAAGAUUCACCUGAGAGGGAGAUCAGUGACCCACAAAAAUGCAGCUAUCAUUGAUGAGUAAAGAAGGACUGACCACUCCCAGGACUUUCAAAUUGAAGGGUGAGAUACAGGGAUGCAAAGGGAAGAAGGAGGUUGUGAUAUUGAUAGACUGUGGGGCUACUCACAACUUUGUGUCAGCCAGGGUGGUGCAAGAAAUGGGGAUCCCUGUACUGCACAUUCCUGAGUUCAAGGUGGAAAUUGGCAAUGGUGAUCAGAUCACAAACAAUGGAAGGUGUGAAGCUUUAUCUGUUAGGGUGCAGCAGGUCAUAAUAACCAAAGAUUUCUACACUCUCGAUUUAGGGGGAACUGAAAUUGUCUUGGGAAUGGAAUGGUUGUCUGAUCUGGGCAAUGUGGAAUUCAAUUUCCAUCAACUAUCUAUUAAGUGGACUGUGGGGGACCAGUCCAUGAUGCUUAAAGGAGAUCCCCAUUUGAGCAGAACUGUGGUAUCUCUGAAAAGCUUGGUCAAAGCUAUGCCUAAACAGGAGGAGGGAUACUGUUUAUACCAAUAUGAGGGAGUCACAGGGGUGGAGGAACAAUCAAGCAACCUGGGUUGGAUUCAGAGAUUUAAGGCAGAAUUUCCUGAGGUUUUUAAACCUCUAGAGGGUUUACCUCCCAAGAGGGACUGUGCGAUCAUUCUAUUAAUAUCAAGGUGGGUUCAACCAUUCCAAAUAUACGACCCUAUAGAUAUCCACAGUAUUUAAAGAAUGAGAUGGAAAAGGUAAUACAGGAGCUGUUAAAUGGGGGAAUCAUCCAGCCUAGCACCAGCCCUUAUAGCAGCCCUGUGCUUAUGGUUAAAAAGAAGGAUGAGGGAUGGAGAUUUUGUGGGGAUUACAGAGCCCUCAAUCGAAUCACAGUGCCUGACAAAUUCCCCAUCCCCAUCAUUGAUGAGCUGUUGGAUGAAUUAAAUACUGCCCAGAUUUUUUCCAAGCUUGACCUGAAAUCAGGAUACCAUCAAAUACGAAUGAAAGAAGAGGAUGUGCAUAAGACAGCAAUCAGAACGCAUGAGGGACACUAUGAAUACUUAGUGAUGCCAUUUGGGCUUAGUAAUGCACCUUCUACCUUUCAGGCUUUGAUGAAUAAAGUCCUG